AUGACUUCAUCUUUAAUCAACUUUGUAGUUGUUUGGUCCAGAUGGAGACAAUUCGCUUGUUUUUUCUUCUUUCUCUUCCCCUCUUUCUCUCUCUUUAGCUCUAAUCCUUUUUCCACCAUGUCUCACCUUUUCUUAUUCCUUCUUUUAUUUUCUACCCUUCUCUCUAUCUCCUACUCCCACUCUCUCAUUCAUUCUCCUCCUCCCCCUCUCUACGCUGACAACUACGAUUUUUCGCCUUGUCUUUUCACAUUACCUCUCAUUUCCCCCUCUUUUUUUUUCCUUUAUCUUAUAUCUCACACUUUCUCUCUCUCUCUCUCUCUCGUGUACUUUUCUUCCUCCUACACUUUAUGUCCCCCUUUAUCAUCAAUCACUGAUUGUACUCACUCCAUUCUUCCAUAUCUAUCUCAGAUUAUUCACUUAGCUCUCUAUUUCUCUCUAUAUAUAUAUCUUUCUUUCUCUCUCUCUCUCUCUCCCUUUCUCUCUGAAUCUAUCACAAUAUAUUCAUCUAUCUAUCUAUCUAUCUAUCUAUCUAUCUAUCUAUCUAUCUAUCUCAGUUUCUUCGUAUCUAUCUAUCUAUCUAUCUAUCUAUUUUUCACAAACUAUUCAUGGGUCCCUAUGUCUAUCGAUCUAUCCCAGAAUAUACAUGUAUAUCCCUGCCUCUGUCUGUCACCCUUCUUCGCUAUCUUUUCGUCUAUCUCCACGUUUGUCUAUCUCUAUAUCUUCACAGAGAAUUCAUUAAUCUCUCCCUGUCUGUCUAUCUUUCCGCCUAUCUCUCUAUCUCUGUAUCUGUCUAUGUUUCUAUUUAUCUAUUGUUCUAUCUAUCUAUCUAUCUAUCUAUCUAUCUAUCUAUCUAUCUAUCUAUCACCGGCUAUUCAUCUCUGCGUGUCUAUCAAUAGUGCUGAUUCUUUUCAUUUCUUGACAGGAGAUAAGACGCAAUUUAGGAAAUGA